AUGGCGACACGGAGCUCUGGCGGGGCCGGCCGUGCCUCCCCUUUCCCCCGCCGCCUGCUGCCUCUGCUGCCGCUGUUGCUGCUGCCGUCACCGGCGGCUGCGGGCUCCCGUUCGCCGCUGCUGCUGCUCCGCGCUCCGCCGGCCCCCGCAGCCCCCGCCGAGCCCCCGCGGGGCCGCCGCGCCGCGCCGCGCCCGCCCGAGCCCAUCCAGGUGUACGGACAGGUCAGCCUCAAUGAUUCCCACAAUCAGAUGGUCGUUCACUGGGCAGGAGAGAAGAGCAAUGUGAUUGUGGCCUUGGCCAGGGACAGCCUGUCCUUGCUGGGUCCCAAAAACAGCGAUGUUUAUGUGUCCUAUGACUAUGGGAAGAGUUUUAAGAAGAUUUCGGAGAGGUUCAGCUUCGAUGGGGGGAACAGCAGCGAGGUGGCCAUCGCCCAGUUCUACCACAGCCCGGCUGACAACAAGAGGUAUAUCUUUGUGGAUGCCUUCGCCCCGUACCUCUGGAUCACCACUGACUUCUGCAACACCAUCCAAGGCUUCUCCAUUCCCUUCAGAGCAGCAGACCUCCUCCUGCACAGCAGGAACCCCAACCUCCUCUUGGGCUUCGACAGGUCUCACCCUAAAAAACAGCUCUGGAAAUCAGAUGACUUUGGCCAGACCUGGAUAAUGAUUCAGGAACAUGUGAAGUCCUUUUCUUGGGGGGUUGAGCCCUAUGACAAGCCCACCACGGUGUACAUCGAGCGGCACGAGCCCUCGGGGGCCUCCACGGUCAUCCGCAGCACAGACUUCUUCCAGAGCCGGGAAAACAAGGAGAUCAUCCUGGAAGAUGUUGAAGAUUUCCAGCUCAGGGACAAAUACAUGUUUGCAACCAAGUCUGUGCGUUUGCUUGGCAGCUCACAGCCACCCUCGGUCCAGCUCUGGGUCUCCUUCAACCGCAAGCCCAUGCGGGUGGCACAGUUCGUUACCAAGCAUCCAAUUAAGGAGUAUUACAUUGCUGAUGCCUCGGAGGACCAGGUGUUUGUGUGUGUCAGCCACGACAACAACCGUACCAACCUCUACAUCUCGGAGGCAGAGGGCCUGAAGUUCUCCCUGUCUCUAGAAAAUGUGCUGUACUACAGCCCAGGGGGAGCUGGCAGCGACACCUUGGUCAGGUACUUUGCCAACGAGCCCUUCGCGGAUUUCCACCGCGUGGAAGGCGUGAGGGGCGUCUACAUCGCCACGCUGAUCAACGGCUCCUUCAGCGAGGAGAACAUGCGCUCCGUCAUCACCUUCGACAAGGGCGGCACCUGGGAGCUGCUCCAGCCCCCGGCUCAGACCCGUUAUGGGGAGCACAUCGACUGCCAGUUGUCCCAGGGCUGCUCUCUCCACCUGGCCCAGCGCCUGAGCCAGCUGCUGAAUUUCCAGCUGCGCAGGAUGCCCAUUCUCUCCAAGGAGUCAGCGCCAGGACUGAUCAUUGCCACUGGCUCUGUUGGCAAGAACAUGGCAAGGAAAACCAAUGUUUAUGUCUCGAGCAGUGCUGGAGCAAGGUGGAGAGAGGCACUGUCUGGACCCCACUACUACACCUGGGGUGACCAUGGUGGAAUUCUUGUGGCCAUCGCCCAAGGCACCGAGACCGACCAGCUCAAGUACAGCACAAACGAAGGGGAAACCUGGAAAGUCUUCACGUUCUCAGAGAAGCCGGUGUUUGUGUACGGCCUCCUGACCGAGCCCGGGGAGAAGAGCACCAUAUUCACCAUCUUUGGCUCCUACAAGGAGAAUGGCCACAGCUGGCUGAUCCUGCAGAUCAACACCACUGAUGUGCUGGGAGUGCCUUGCACAGAGAACGACUACAAGCUGUGGUCACCCUCGGACGAGCGAGGCAAUGAAUGUUUGCUGGGGCAUAAAACUGUUUUCAAAAGGAGGACUCCUCAUGCAACCUGCUUCAAUGGGGAAGAUUUUGACAGGCCUGUCAUGGUCUCCAACUGCUCUUGUACGAGGGAGGACUUUGAAUGUGAUUUUGGCUUCAAGCUGAGCGAUGACUUAUCCUUAGAAGUUUGUGUCCCUGACCCUGAGUUUGCUGGGAAACCCUAUGACCCACCAGUCCCUUGCCCUGUUGGCUCAACCUACAAGAAGACUCGAGGCUACAGAAAGAUCUCUGGGGACACUUGCACGGGUGGAGACAUCGAGUCGCGGCUCGAGGGGGAGCUGGUGCCGUGCCCGCUGGCGGAGGAGAACGAGUUCAUUCUCUAUGCCACGCGUUACUCCAUCCACCGCUACGACCUGGCCUCGGGCAUCAGCGAGGAGCUGCCCCUGGCCGGGCUCAGGGGGGCUGUGGCUCUGGAUUUUGACUACGAGCACAACUGCCUGUACUGGGCUGAUGUCACUCUGGACAUCAUCCAGCGUCUCUGUCUCAACGGCAGCUCUGGGCAGGAAAUAAUCAUAAGCACUGGGUUGGAAACAGUGGAAGCUUUGGCUUUUGAACCUCUCAGCCAGCUGCUCUACUGGGUCAACGCUGGGAUUCCCAAAAUUGAGGUUGCCAAUCCAGAUGGAGACCUGAGACUCACUGUCCUCAACUCCUCGAUACUGGAGCGACCCAGAGCCCUGGCUCUGGUUCCCCGAGAUGGGUUGAUGUUCUGGACAGACUGGGGGGACUCCAGGGCUGGCAUCUACAGAAGUGACAUGGACGGGUCGCUGGCCGGCUGCAUCGUCUCGGAGGGCGUGCGGUGGCCAAAUGGCAUUUCUGUGGAUGACCACUGGAUCUACUGGACUGAAGCCUACAUGGACAGGAUCGAGAGGGUGGAUUUCAAUGGCAUGCAGAGAUCUGUGAUCCUGGACAGCCUCCCUCACCCCUAUGCCAUUGCUGUGUUUAAGAAUGAAAUCUACUGGAACGACUGGUCACAGCUGAGUAUUUUCAGAGCAUCCAAAAACAGCGGCUCCAGGAUGGAGAUCUUGGUCGGCCGACUGAAUGGGAUCAUGGACAUGAAAAUCUUUUACAGGGGAAAGACAACAGGGCAGAACGCCUGCAUCUCCAAACCCUGCAGCCUGCUCUGCCUGCCCAGGUCCAACAACGGCCGCAGCUGCAAGUGCCCCGAGGGGGUGGCCAGCACCGUGCUGCCCAGUGGGGAGCUCAGGUGUGACUGUCCCCACGGCUACGCCAUGAAGAACAACACCUGCAUAAAGGAAGAGAACACGUGCCUGCCCAACCAGUACAGGUGCUCCAAUGGGAACUGCAUCAACAGCAUCUGGCAGUGUGACAAUGACAAUGACUGCGGGGACAUGAGCGACGAGAAGAACUGCCCCACCACCGUGUGUGACACUGAGACCCAGUUCCGCUGCCAGGGCUCGGGGACAUGCAUCCCUCUGUCCUACAAAUGUGACCUGGAGGAUGACUGUGGGGACAACAGCGACGAAAGUCACUGUGAGGCUCACCAGUGCAGGAGUGAUGAAUUCAGCUGCAGCUCAGGGAUGUGCAUCCGUCUGUCCUGGAUGUGUGAUGGGGAUAACGACUGCAGGGACUGGUCUGACGAAGCCAACUGCACUGUUUAUCACACCUGUGAGGCCUCCAGCUUCCAGUGCCACAAUGGCCACUGCAUCCCGCAGCGCUGGGCGUGCGACGGUGACACCGACUGCCAGGACGGCUCUGAUGAGGACCCUGCCAGCUGUGAGAAGAAGUGCAACGGCUUCCAGUGCCCCAAUGGCACCUGCAUCCCAACCAGCAAACACUGUGAUGGCAUCAAUGACUGCUCCGACGCCUCGGACGAGCAGCACUGUGAGCCCCUGUGCACCCGCUACAUGGAUUUUGUGUGCAAGAACCGGCAGCAGUGCUUGUUCCACUCCAUGGUGUGUGACGGCAUCAUCCAGUGCCGGGAUGGGUCGGAUGAAGAUGCCAGCUAUGCUGGGUGCUCCCAGGACCCCGAGUUCCACAGGACCUGUGACCAGUUCAGCUUCCAGUGCCAGAAUGGUGUGUGCAUCAGUCUGGUGUGGAAGUGUGACGGGAUGGACGACUGCGGUGACUACUCUGAUGAAGCAAACUGUGAAAACCCAACAGAAGCCCCAAACUGCUCCAGGUACUACCAGUUCCAGUGUGGGAACGGGCACUGCAUCCCCAACCGGUGGAAGUGCGACGAGGAGAACGACUGCGGGGACUGGUCUGAUGAGAAGGACUGCGAGGGAUCUCCAGUUCAUCCCAUUACCACGCUGAUCCCCCCGACGUGCCUGCCCAACCAUUUCCGCUGCAACAGCGGCGCCUGCAUCAUGAACAGCUGGGUCUGUGAUGGCUACAAGGACUGCACUGAUGGCUCCGACGAAGAGGCCUGUCCCACCUCCAGACCCAACGUGACAGCCACGUCCCCAGCACUGCCAGGGCGCUGCAGCCGCUUCGAGUUCGAGUGCCAGCAGCUGCACAAGUGCAUUCCCAACUGGAAGAGGUGUGAUGGAGUGAGGGACUGCCAGGAUGGCACAGACGAGAGGAACUGCCCUACUCAGAGCAGCCUGUCGUGCCCCAGUGGUUUCAGAUGUGAGGAUGGGGAGGCCUGCAUCAUGCUGACAGAGCGCUGUGAUGGAUACCUGGACUGCUCAGACAGCAGUGAUGAGAGGAACUGCACAGAUGACACAAUUGUGUACAAAGUCCAGAACCUGCAGUGGACGGCUGAUUUCUCUGGUGAUGUCACCCUGACAUGGGCUCGGCCAAAAAGGAUGUCCUCGACCUCCUGUGUCUACAACAUCUACUACAGGAUGGUCGGUGAGAGCAUCUGGAAGAUCUUGGAGACCCACAGCAACAAAACCAACAGCGUUUUGAAAGUCCUCAAGCCCGACUGCACCUACCAGGUGAAAGUGCAGGUGCAGUGUCUGAGCCGGGUCUACAACACCAACGACUUCAUCACGCUGCGGGCACCUGAAGGAUUACCAGAUGCUCCCCUCAACCUUCAGCUGUCCCUGAAGAAAGAAGCUGAGGGUGUGGUGAUGUGCUGGUGGAGUCCCCCUGUGAAUGCCCACGGCCUCAUCCGGGAAUUCAUCGUGGAAUACAGCAGCAGUGGAUCCAAGGAGUGGACAUCUCUUAGAACCACCAAGAACUACACAGAAAUCAAGGACUUGCAGGUCAACACUCUCUACAUAGUCAGGGUUGCUGCAGUAACCAGCAGAGGGGUGGGAAACUGGAGUGAAUCCAAAUCCAUCACCACCGUCAAAGGCAAAGUCAUUCCUCCCCCUGUCAUCCACAUUGAGAGCUACAGUGAGGACUCCAUAAGUUUCAGCCUAAAAAUGACCACAAAUAUCAAGGUCAGUGGCUAUGUGGUCAACAUCUACUGGACAUUUGAUACCCACAGGCAGGAAAAAAGGACUCUGGUCAUAGAAGGAGAAAAGUCCAUCCAAAAAGUGGCCAAUUUGACAGCACACACCCCCUAUGAAAUUUCUGCUUGGGCUAGGACGGAGCUGGGUGACAGCCCUCUGUCUUUUGUGCACGUGGUGACCAGUGGCACAAGACCUGUGUCCCCAAGCCUCAAGGCCAAGGCCAUCAACCAGACAGCUGUGGAAUGCAGCUGGACAGGCCCCAGGAACGUGGUCUACGGCAUCUUCUACGCCACGUCCUUCCUGGAGCUGUACAGGAGCCCCCACAACAGCACCACCAGCGCCCACAACAUCACGGUGCUGGUGCAGCGGGACGAGCAGUACCUGUUCCUGGUGCGGGUGAUGUCUCCCUACCAAGGGCCCCCCUCUGACUACGUGGUGGUGAAGAUGAUCCCGGAUAACCGGCUGCCCCCGCGGCACCUGCACUCCGUGCACACCGGGAAGACGUUCGCUGUCAUCAAGUGGGAAUCACCCUACGACUCCCCUGACCAGGACAUGCUCUAUGCCGUGGCAGUUAAAGAUUUGGUGAGGAAAACAGAUAAAAUCUACAAAGUGAAAAGCCGGAACAGCACGGUGGAGUACACCAUCAAGAAGCUGGAGCCAGGAGGGAAAUACCAUGUGAUUGUCCAGCUGGGAAACAUGAGCAAGGAAUCCAGCAUGAAGAUCAGCACAGUCCCCCUGUCUGCACCGGACGCCUUAAAAAUCAUCACUGAAAAUGACCACAUUCUGCUUUUCUGGAAGAGUUUGGCAUUGAAGGAAAGUAAUUUCAAUGAAAGCCGGGGCUACGAGAUUCACAUGUUUGACAGCUUGAUGAACAUCACAGCCUAUCUGGGCAACACCACAGAGAACUUCUUCAAGGUGUCCAACCUGAAGAUAGGCCACAACUACUCGUUCACCGUGCAGGCUCGCUGCCUGUACGGGGGGCAGAUGUGUGGGGAGCCAGCCACGCUCCUCUAUGACGAGCUGGGAACGGGUAAAGACUCCUCUGCCACCAAACCCGGCCGAGCCACGGACGUGGCUGCCAUCGUGGUGCCCGUGCUGUUCCUGCUGCUGGUGACCCUGGGCAUUGGCUUUGUGGUGCUCUACAUGAGGCACAGGAGGCUCCAGAACAGCUUCACUGCCUUCGCCAACAGCCACUACAGCUCCCGCCUGGGCUCGGCCAUCUUCUCCUCGGGGGAUGAUCUGGGAGAUGAGGAUGAUGAAGCCCCAAUGAUAACUGGAUUUUCAGAUGACGUCCCCAUGGUCAUUGCCUGAAGCGCAUUUCUGACUGUACAAAGCCAAAUGGUGUAAAUAUUUUAUUUGAUAAAAAUAGUUGAUUGUUUAUUUUAAAAAUGCACUUUUGAGUUGCAAUACGUUAUUUUUAUAUGGGCCAAAAAAGAAAAAGAAAAAAAUAAUAAUAAUUUUAAGAAUACACUUUGUAGUAAUCAACUGUGAAUUGCAGACUAGGUUGGUUGAGUAACAAAUUGCUUUGAUUUAACAUUAAUUUAGUCUUACAAGGCUAUGCUUGCUGGGCAUGCUUUUAAGUCUGUGAGAUAUUUUCCGUUGACUAAAUUGGCUACUCGUUUUAUUUUUCUAAGACAAGAAUACAUUUAUUUAAAAAAAAAUAAAUUCAGGAGAUUAUAUAUGUAGAGAGAGAUAAUAUAGUCCCUGAAGGUUUUGCUUUUACUUUAGGACAAGAAAAAAAAAAAAAUUCCUUUGGACUUUGUUUUUAUAUGAAAGUAUUUUUGUUGUGUUAAUUUAUUGGGAAAUCUGCUGUGGAACAGAUUUCCAGAGUCGUCAGACAUUGUACACAUUCUUGUGUAGAACAUGUGCCACUUUAUCUUGCAAGGCAGUCCUAUCUUGGCA